UCCUGCGCCCCGGCGCGGGGCCCUGCGGUAGUCUCGGGUCCCUCCCCUGGACCUGUCGCUGAACCAGUGUGGGAGACAGACGCCGCAGCCAUGACCACCCACGUCACUUUGGAAGAUGCCCUGUCCAACGUGGACCUGCUGGAGGAACUGCCCCUCCCAGACCAGCAGCCAUGCAUCGAGCCUCCGCCGUCCUCCAUUAUGUACCAGGCUAACUUCGACACAAACUUCGAGGACAGGAAUGCAUUUGUCACGGGCAUUGCAAGGUACAUUGAGCAGGCAACGGUCCACUCCAGCAUGAAUGAAAUGCUGGAGGAGGGUCAUGACUACGCGGUCAUGCUGUACACCUGGCGCAGCUGCUCCCGGGCCAUCCCGCAGGUGAAGUGCAAUGAGCAGCCCAAUCGGGUAGAGAUCUACGAGAAGACGGUGGAGGUGCUGGAACCAGAGGUCACCAAGCUCAUGAAGUUCAUGUACUUUCAGCGCAAAGCCAUCGAGCGUUUCUGCAGUGAGGUGAAGCGACUGUGCCACGCGGAGCGCAGGAAGGACUUUGUCUCCGAGGCCUACCUGCUGACCCUGGGCAAGUUCAUCAACAUGUUUGCCGUCUUGGAUGAGCUCAAAAACAUGAAGUGCAGUGUCAAGAACGACCACUCUGCCUACAAGAGAGCGGCCCAGUUCCUAAGGAAGAUGGCGGACCCCCAGUCCAUCCAGGAAUCUCAGAACCUGUCCAUGUUCCUGGCCAAUCACAACAGGAUCACCCAGUGUCUUCACCAGCAACUGGAAGUGAUCCCGGGCUAUGAGGAGCUGCUGGCAGACAUUGUCAACAUCUGUGUUGAUUACUAUGAGAAUAAGAUGUACCUGACACCCAGUGAGAAGCACAUGCUCCUCAAGGUGAUGGGCUUUGGCCUCUAUCUGAUGGAUGGAAAUGUCAGUAAUAUUUACAAGCUGGAUGCCAAGAAGAGAAUCAACCUUAGCAAAAUUGAUAAGUUCUUUAAGGUGGACGUGCACCCAGAGCAGCAUCAGCCCCCAGUACAACAUCUGUGAGCAGAUGGUUCAGAUCCGGGACGAUCACAUCCGCUUCAUCUCUGAGCUGGCUCGCUACAGCAACAGCGAGGUGGUGACAGGCUCGGGGCUGGACAGCCAGAAGUCCGAUGAAGAGUACCGGGAGCUUUUUGACCUGGCCUUGCGGGGCCUGCAGCUGCUAUCCAAGUGGAGUGCCCACGUCAUGGAGGUGUACUCUUGGAAGCUGGUUCACCCCACAGACAAGUUCUGCAACAAGGACUGCCCGGGCACCGCGGAAGAGUACGAGAGAGCCACGCGCUAUAAUUACACCAGCGAGGAGAAGUUUGCUUUUGUGGAGGUGAUCGCCAUGAUCAAGGGUUUGCAGGUGCUCAUGGGGAGGAUGGAGAGUGUCUUCAACCAGGCCAUCCGCAACACUAUCUACGCAGCCCUGCAGGACUUCGCCCAGGUGACGCUGCGGGAGCCAUUGCGGCAAGCAGUUCGCAAGAAAAAGAAUGUCCUUAUCAGUGUUCUGCAGGCCAUUCGAAAGACCAUCUGUGACUGGGAGGGAGGCCGAGAGCCCCCCAAUGACCCAUGCUUAAGAGGGGAGAAGGACCCCAAAGGUGGCUUUGACAUCAAGGUGCCCCGCCGUGCCGUGGGGCCAUCCAGCACACAGCUGUACAUGGUGCGCACCAUGCUUGAGUCGCUCAUCGCAGACAAGAGCGGCUCCAAGAAGACACUCAGAAGCAGCCUGGAUGGCCCUAUCGUCCUUGCCAUCGAGGACUUCCACAAGCAGUCUUUCUUCUUCACACACUUGCUCAAUAUCAGCGAAGCUCUUCAGCAGUGCUGUGACCUCUCCCAGCUCUGGUUCCGAGAAUUCUUCCUGGAGUUGACCAUGGGCCGGCGAAUCCAGUUCCCAAUUGAGAUGUCCAUGCCCUGGAUUCUAACGGACCAUAUUCUGGAAACCAAAGAACCUUCCAUGAUGGAGUAUGUCCUCUACCCCUUGGAUCUGUACAACGACAGCGCCUACUAUGCGCUCACCAAGUUCAAAAAGCAGUUCCUGUAUGACGAGAUCGAAGCAGAGGCAAGUGAACCUGUGCUUUGAUCAGUUUGUCUACAAGCUGGCUGACCAGAUCUUUGCCUACUACAAAGCCAUGGCCGGCAGUGUCCUGUUGGACAAACGUUUUAGAGCUGAAUGUAAGAACUAUGGAGUGAUCAUUCCGUACCCGCCAUCUAACCGGUACGAGACACUGCUGAAACAGAGACACGUCCAGCUGUUGGGUAGAUCAAUUGACUUGAACAGACUCAUCACGCAGCGGAUCUCUGCCGCCAUGUACAAAUCCUUGGACCAGGCAAUCAGCCGCUUUGAGAGCGAAGACCUGACCUCCAUUGUGGAGCUAGAGUGGCUUCUGGAGAUUAACCGGCUCACACACCGACUCCUCUGUAAGCACAUGACGCUAGACAGCUUCGACGCCAUGUUCCGAGAAGCCAAUCAUAAUGUGUCUGCCCCCUAUGGCCGCAUCACCCUGCAUGUCUUCUGGGAGCUGAACUUUGACUUCCUCCCCAACUACUGCUAUAACGGCUCCACCAACCGCUUUGUCCGCACUGCCAUCCCUUUCACCCAAGAACCACAACGGGAUAAGCCCGCCAAUGUCCAGCCUUACUACCUCUACGGAUCCAAGCCUCUCAACAUUGCCUACAGCCACAUCUACAGCUCCUACCGCAACUUUGUGGGGCCCCCUCACUUCAAGACCAUCUGCAGACUGCUGGGCUACCAGGGCAUCGCCGUGGUCAUGGAGGAACUGCUGAAAAUCGUCAAGAGCUUGCUCCAGGGUACCAUUCUGCAGUACGUGAAGACACUCAUAGAGGUGAUGCCUAAAAUAUGCCGUUUGCCUCGUCACGAGUAUGGCUCUCCAGGGAUCCUGGAGUUCUUCCACCACCAACUGAAGGACAUCAUCGAGUAUGCAGAACUCAAAACAGACGUGUUCCAGAGUCUCAGAGAGGUGGGCAAUGCCAUCCUGUUCUGCCUCCUCAUAGAGCAAGCUCUGUCUCAAGAGGAAGUCUGUGAUUUGCUCCAUGCCGCACCCUUCCAAAACAUUCUGCCUCGGGUCUAUAUCAAAGAGGGGGAGCGUCUGGAAGUCCGGAUGAAACGCCUCGAGGCCAAGUACGCCCCACUUCACCUGGUCCCCCUGAUAGAGCGACUGGGGACGCCUCAGCAAAUUGCCAUCGCUCGGGAGGGUGACCUGCUGACCAAGGAGCGGCUCUGCUGUGGCCUGUCCAUGUUCGAGGUUAUCCUGACCCGAAUUCGGAGCUACCUGCAGGACCCCAUCUGGAGGGGCCCGCCACCCACCAAUGGCGUCAUGCACGUGGAUGAGUGUGUUGAGUUUCACCGGCUGUGGAGCGCCAUGCAGUUUGUCUACUGCAUCCCUGUGGGGACCAACGAGUUCACAGCUGAGCAGUGCUUCGGUGAUGGCUUGAACUGGGCUGGCUGCUCUAUCGUUGUCUUGCUGGGCCAGCAACGGCGCUUUGACCUGUUUGAUUUCUGUUAUCAUCUGCUGAAGGUGCAGAGGCAGGACGGGAAGGAUGAGAUCAUUAAGAAUGUGCCCCUGAAGAAGAUGGCUGACCGCAUCAGGAAGUACCAGAUCUUGAACAAUGAGGUUUUUGCCAUUCUGAACAAGUACAUGAAGUCCGUAGAGACAGACAGCUCCACGGUAGAGCACGUACGCUGCUUCCAGCCCCCAAUCCACCAGUCCCUGGCCACCACCUGCUAGGUAGGAAAUCCUGCAGACCUUCAACCCAGAGGAGGAGGAGGAGGAGAAGCAGGAGAGGGAACACAGUGGUCAGCCUGCAGCAGGUCCAGCUGACAGUGUGGGGGACAGGCCUGGAAGGAAAAGAAAAACCUCCCCAACACAUCUAUACCACUCCCAAGGGCUGGGCUCCCGCAUGCUCUCCCAUGAUAUCUCCAUGGUGGGUUUCUCCAUAGUGUAAAUGAAAAAAACAACAAAAACACAGGGCAGUGUGUGCUUUCUUCUUUCUUUUUUUUUCCACCUUAACUGUGUUUAAGAAGUACUGUUUCCACCCUGCAGCUGCCCACCCCAUCUGUGAUUACUUCCCAAGACCACCUCCCAAAAUUGUAACUUCCUACCCAGUGUCUGUAUUUGAUCCAGCACCACAGUCUUAGAGACAUAGGAGAGGAGAGUGGAGCCAUAACAGAGAUAUCAGCCUGGCCCAAUUGUAUGCCCGAGCUUACUCACCCAUCUUCUGUGGCUUCUCCCUCCAGUGUCCUGGUCACUUCACUUCCUGCUCUUGAUAUUAGGGACUCCACUACCAAAGUUAGAUCCCUGGAGAGCCAGGAAGAGGUUGCUAACUGUCAAGACAACAAAUGAUGCUGAAAAGGGAUCUUUUACAGCCCCCCUACCACCCACCCUAGACCGUCCUGGCAGGACAGCCCCAGAGAGAAGAAAAUAAGAUUUGUGAAACCACACUGAGUGGAAGUAGGGGAGAAGAUGCCAGGGCCUGCUGUGAGGAAAAGAUAUAUCCGUCAGCAAAGGGCACAACUCCAGAUUUCUCCCAAAGGAAAAAUGUUAGGCCUUGUCAAUGGUGUGGGAAGGUAAGGCACCCCUGCUCCUCAUACAGAGUCUUAGCCCUUGGCCACAUGGGAGUGCACACGGUCAGUCAUAGCGCUGCACAUCACAUUAGCGAGUGACCAAUCGGUGACUGCUUAACACAGAACCUGAUCUAGGAAAAUCCCCCAAGAAAGAAAAUCUAAAGGGGUUACUUCAAAUGGAGACAGGGUAGCAGGGAGGAAAGAAAUCUUUAUCAACAAGCUUUCGAUCUCAAGACCCCUCCACCCAAAAAGAAGUCUUCUUUAAGCAGACUGGAAUGUUCAUCAUGUUGGCUACUAAAAGAUUCUUGGAACGUUUUAUUCUUUUGCUCUCAACUUCCUGGUCUCUUCCUUUUGCUCAAGCCCCGUGCUGGGGUAGAGCUUCUUUCACAGGGGUGUAUUAACGUCCGUGUUCUAGACUAACUAAAACACCCCUGCACAGUCUCCACGUACAGCAGAUCUUUAAGGAGACUGCCCAUGUCUCCACACAGAGCUAGUCAUCUGACCCACAGAGAGAGGACAUAGCCCUGAGCCCCCAAAACAUAGGAAAGAAUGAGAGAUGCUCCUCUGCCAGCCUGGGGAGGAGGAGAGCAGACAGGAGUAACCACUCCCUCCCCCAGUAAGGUGACUGUUAUCCGUCACCGUGUUUUAACCACACAGAGCUGGAGAGGUGUGUGUAACCAGCACUUUGACAGACACGGCCACGUACCCCAGGGAAGUCAUGUAAAUUAGAACCCUUGAGGAUGGUACACUAGAGUGUUCAUUUCUGGACACUAACUCUCAAUCUCUGGGAACAGGGCCAGAAGAUCAGCCUUUUCCCAGUUAAACGUUACUGCAUACCACAGACUCAGAGCCUUUGCUGUAGCUUGGAUUGCUCUGUAGUCUCUCUGAGCACGAAUGGGAGUCAUUUGUAGGGGGCGUGGCUUGCAAGGGAAACUGUCCAGUCCUCCCGUCUGGCACUGUUAAUUCUUAGUCUGAUUAUUUUUCAAUGACCAGAGAUGUAUCCCAGAAGCAGAUCCCACCUUCCAGCUCUUCAGCUCCGGCUGGGGAUAGUGUGUGAUUAACAGACUUCUCUCCUAAUCCUCCCUCGCUGCUCUGUAGAAAUGUGGGCUGUUUACUUCAUAAGGCCGCCUUCCUGGCAGCUCAUCCCUCCUCCCCUGUACUCCUGACCCCAACAGUUGACCCUCUGGGAAGAGUCACAGUCUCAAGAGAUUUGAUCCCAAUAAACCAAGGUCCUCACUUUGAGGACAGAGAUUCCAUUUCUGCAGCACUUGUCUGCAGACACUGAACAACUUUAAUGCUCUUUCCUCUCUAGUGAUCCUUGUUUCCCACCCCACACCCCUCUUUGAUUUUUUUUAAUGUAUUUAAAAAUCAAGAAAAAAGCUUAGAUUUUAAAAUGUUUUAAAAAGAAUUCUGUUUCAGAGACUGUCAAAUGUGUACCAUAUUUGUAUUAAGAGUUGUUGGGGAUUUUUUGUACAAUGAAUUUACAUUAUUUAUGGUGAACUUAUAUUUACGCUUGUGAUCGAAUAAUGAUGUUAAAUUCUUAAAUCAUAUUUGCUAUGCAGCUGAAGAUGAUAUUUUGAUUUGUAUUUUGGGGGUACCUGUGUUGAGUUGAUAAAACAUUUUCAUCUCCAUUAAAACUGCUUCCAAACCAGU